GACAGCAGCGUUGCUUUGGCAGUAGGCGUAGACGAGAUUUUUAGACGAGACACACGAGGGCGGCAUGCACAUCCGUAAGUACGCCCCGCUUUGUCUGCAGGCUGCACUUCGAGCCUAUAUAAAGCCUUGAUAAAGCAAAGCACUCAGGGCAAGCUAGCUGAUAAACCCAAGCAGCAGCGAAGAGCUCAAUCACCAUGGCGGGCACCACCAAGGUCGCAGUGGUUUUGGGCAUUGCUCUACUUUUUCUGCAGGUGUCUUGCGCCGUUUCCGGGCGCCCCACUGUCACAGAAGGCAAGUUUGAACUUCGACAGAACGUCCCGGCGACGAUGACGGUGAACGGCUUCCAGCAAGGAGAGACGGGCGGCGGGCCGGCGUCGUGCGACGGUCAGUUCCACAGCGACGAUGACUUCGUGGUGUCGCUCUCGUCGGAGUGGUACGCCGGUGGGGCUCGGUGCGGCAAGCUCAUCCGCCUCGCCAACUCCGGCAACAUUCACAUAAGCGCCGUGGUCGUCGAUGAGUGCGCCGGCUGCGACAACGAGGUCGGCGCGUCGAUGCAUAUCUGGAAGAACUACAAUCUUGAUCCCAGUGUCGGGCAGGUGGACAUCAAAUGGUCCGACGUGCCGGACGAAGCCUAA